UGUAUCUUGAAAUUGAGAGCGGAGUUGAACUCCAUAUUGAAACAAAGUAACUAACUUCUUUGUAAAUGCAUUGACCGUGUAAUUUUUUUAACUUUAAACCUAUUCUCUACAUGACUAAUAUCACAGAGAUGCAAUUGAACAGAUCGUGCUUGUUUUUGUAUUAUGCUUUUAUGCGGGUUAGAUAUUCUGAGGAAAUAGAAUUUUUAAUGCAAGUUUAUUGAAUAUCAGCAGACGAGACAUAAAAAGGCCACUUGAACUUCUGGUGAAAGGACUCUAAGGACUUCCUAGGAUUCUAGGUGUGAUGGACAAUCAGUCCUCAGUAAUCACGCAAGUUAGUAGAGAUGAAGAGGCAAACAACGCCGUUCGAGACAAGAGCCCCCCGGGCUCUACCUCUAAGAAGCCCAGGAACAGAGGAUUGUUUGGCAGCCUGUUUUGCUGCCUGUGUCAUGACCAGGCUGAAUCUCCGCCCGUCAACAACAAUGCCCCGCUGCUGGUGGAGGAAAAUGGAACUGUCUCCAAGGUCCAGAUGAAGCCACUGCUCCCUCAGGCCAAGUCAAAAGAUGCUGGGAAGAUCUGUGUGGUGAUUGAUCUGGACGAAACACUGGUCCAUAGCUCCUUCAAGCCUGUGAGCAAUGCGGACUUCAUCAUCCCAGUUGAGAUAGAUGGUACUGUCCACCAGGUUUAUGUGCUGAAGCGCCCCCAUGUGGAUGAGUUCCUGAAACGCAUGGGGGAGCUGUUUGAAUGUGUUCUUUUCACUGCUAGUCUUGCCAAGUAUGCAGACCCGGUGUCAGACCUGUUGGAUAAGUGGGGAGCAUUCCGUUGCCGCCUGUUUCGCGAGUCGUGUGUGUUCCAUCGGGGUAACUAUGUCAAAGACCUGAGCAGGCUGGGUCGCGAUCUCAACAAGGUCAUCAUCAUAGACAACUCUCCUGCCUCCUACGUCUUUCACCCUGGCAACGCCGUGCCUGUGGCCUCAUGGUUUGACGACAUGUCUGACACUGAGCUCCUGGACCUCAUCCCGUUUUUUGAGCAACUGAGUAAAGUUGACAAUGUCUACACCAUCCUCAAACAACAGAACUCCACUAGCUAGCGCCAUCUCCAUCAGCUAGCACAAACUGCUAGGACCACCCUACUAGCCCUACGACCAACAGCUAGCAUUGUCAACCACUCCAUCAGGUCCCUCUACUGCCAUCUACAGGCUGCCAAUGCCUUCCCUGGACACACACCUCUAUGCUCCAACUGUAGUGUUCAGCCCGUUUUUUCCAACCUUUUCCCUCAGUAUUUAUCCCCAGACACAGCCUCUUACACCAGCCAAUAAACCUCCAGUGCCCCAAGGACUGGAGAAUAUCACAGUGCUUUUACCCUGCUUGUGCUGCCACCAAAUGGAGGAACAAAGAAUUGCACAAAAGCAAUCCCAUCCCUCCCGUCCUCCAUCAUUAGGUUCCCAAUACACCCUACCAUGGACAGUGCAAUAGAUCAUAAUGUAAACUGUAGGUCUGGUCCUGAACUACUAGAAUGUGUUAGGGAAUUUCAAAACAUGGAUACAGCCAGAACAUUGUGGUGCCAGUGGGUCACUCAAGGACAGCAGAUGUCUGAAGGUCUAGAGAUGUCAUGAUGAAAAAGAAAGAUGAAGGUAAAAAAACAGUGCCUUUUUUUAAUGAAGUGUAUGUCUCAACGGAUGGGCCUACAGUGAUGUUCCUGCGAGGACAAGUGUACCAGGCUGAGCUGCAACGUUAGAAUACUGACAACGCUACUGGAUACGAUGGUGGAGACUGGACGUUGUGAAGAGUGGGAACUUUAAGUUACAGACUGAGCAGAAUGAUGGUUAUCUUUUAUAGGAAAACAAUCAAUGGACGGGUGGGAGUUUUUAACACUUGAAUAACGUGUUAUUGUUUUUGUAUCUUUCAUACUUCCUUCCCAACUUAGAGCAGAAUCAACAGAAAGUAACAUUUUUUAAAUUUUGUGCAUACUGUAAACUGCUGGCCAAACCACCUGAAAGCACACAAUGGGUGAAUAUACAUAGCACAUCCCAGCCACCAACCAGUGUGAUCAGUACUUUAAAGUAUUGUAACCUGCUUACUGCAUUUAUGAAGACUUUCUUCUUUGCCGAUGUUUUCAUUGAAACCUUGGGGUUAUGUGGGAUCAUAGAAGAAUUCACUUGACGAAUACCUGGAAAAAAAAGUUAAGAGUUAACGACAAAGCAGCACUUUAAAUGAUUCCGAUUCUAAUCACUACAGACCACCCUGCAUGGGUGGAUAGAUUAUGUGCCAUUCUAGCUCUCUUAAACAUGGUGCCAAUAGAUAUCAUGGCAUCAAGGAUUACAUGGAUGUCAGAGAACAUGUGACCUUCCUAUCUAAUUUAGUUUAGAGUGAUUGAGUCCCAGAUGAUGUUGUUAUUAUAGAGGGCUGAGUUAGACAAACCUGUUUGCUCUCAUCAGGAAGAAAUGUGCUUAGGCUCUGCUUGCCCAAAGUACUCAUUCCUCACCAUUUCACCACCAACAGUACUUGAAUUUAUUUCCCUAUUCGUUGUAAAGGACUGCAAAUGCUAUGCUAUCCAUAUAGUAGCGGUGAUUGGGGUCGUUUAUUUUUUUAAACUUCUGAUGUGAUGCAGCAAGAAUAAUCGGUACUUAUCUGGGUUUGGAACAACCCAAGAAUCUGUGUUGUAUGUUUGAAUGGAAAACAUGUUUUAAACUGAUCCACGAAAGCAUAGGAGAGAGGCAUUGUUGUAUUUGACUAAAAGCUUUGAAAAAAGGCUUGUAAAAAUAAUAUGAAUGGGAGCUUUAAUUAACUAGUCACAAAUAAAAGUCAGCAUCAGUAUUAAAAAUAAUCAUACUAUUUUUCUAUGAUUUUUAACGAGAAUAUAAAAUCACAUUCCAUGAUGAACACCCCCAGUGCCUGUGUCAAUCAGUUUAGAUGCUGAAAACAUUUUCUUUUAAUUCACUGAUUACAUUACAUUCAGUUUUUUGUUUUCAACUGUCCUCCCAUUACUGUGAUCUGAUGAGAAAUAAUGUAGAAACAAUUAAUCUUAUUGGUUCUCUCUGUUGUCCACAAUGCCUUUAGAAGUAUACUGUAGCUAAGAAGCACCAGCAGGUACCUGAGAGAUGUCCAACAAGGACUCAAUGUACCAGGCAGCAUCAACGGGUAUGGACCCUGGAUGGACCCUGGAUUGCAAUACUGAAAACGUACUGAUAGUUUUAGCCAUCUUCAGACUUGUACUUGUGUGUGUGUGUGUGCUUGUAUUGCAAAUCAAGAUCUGCCAGUAAAAUCUAACCUAUGAUGUA